CGGGUAUUUACCUCGCGGAGCCUGAGCAGAGGCGGGAAAUGGCGUCUGUUAACAACGGUGUGUCAUUUGAGAAACGGCUAUUGAGUAGAUCAGAAAUUUAGCUCUAAUACGAAACCCCGCUGGUUCCGUUGUGAUGGCAUUUGGGUCGUGAGCGCAUAUUUCGAACAACGCCGUGAUUUUUACAUGUGAUUGCUACAACGAUGAGGCUGAGAAUGCGUAAGGAGGCGUCUCAGCAGCCAAUCCCCAGUCUGACGACUCGUCCAUCUAGGACCAAGAGAAGGCAUUCAGAAGUCGAAGAGGACACGCCUACCAGUGGUGGCAGGGGAUUGUUCUCGACUAUCAAAAAGUUCAUCAGAGGAAAUGCUGUUAAGGUGCAGCAGGAAAGCUCAGCCAAGAAGGCCUGUCUCCACUGUGAUGUGGACAACAACUUGAUCACCUCAACUCCAGACACAAACACUGCCCUUAGAGUUGGCAGAAAAGGCCCUGUCAACGGAUUGGUGACCAAUCAUGACAGGAGUAAGGAGAAGCCCAAUGGCAAUCUCGGGGAGACGACGACUGCAGAAGUGCCCACAAGCCCUCCCAGGACAACGCUUCUUGGAACAAUCUUCUCUCCUGUUUUCAACUUCUUCUCACCGGCUAAAAAUGCCUCAUCUGGAUCGGACUCUCCAGACCAGGCAUUGGAAGCUGAGGAAAUAGUCAAGCAGCUGGAAAUUGAACAAACAGUGGAAACGCCCACCAACAUAGUCACAUCUACACAGGAACAAUGUACCAACACUAACUUCUACUCAAGUGUAUCCCAGUUGCCACCUCUGCGACCUCCGCACAUCUCUGCUGGAUACCACACAACAGAGCUGGGAGAGACUGAUACUGACCUUCCACCCCUUACUGCUCCAGGCUCCAGUCCAAGUAUGGCAUACAUGAACACUCCUCCUGCUGCAGUACCACCAGAAACGUCGUAUGAAGAAGACUGGGAGGUCUUUGACCCGUAUUUCUUCAUCAAGCAUGUCCCUCCAUUAACAGAAGAGCAGCUCACUCGGAAACCAGCCCUUCCAUUGAAGACUCGUAGUACACCUGAAUUCUCUCUGGUCCUUGAUCUGGAUGAAACACUGGUUCAUUGCAGUUUAAAUGAGCUGGAGGAUGCGGCCCUUACCUUCCCUGUACUCUUUCAAGAUGUCAUCUACCAGGUGUAUGUGCGCUUGAGACCGUUUUUUAGAGAGUUUUUGGAACGCAUGUCUCAAAUCUAUGAGAUCAUCCUUUUCACAGCCUCUAAAAAGGUGUAUGCGGACAAACUGCUUAACAUCUUAGACCCUAAGAAACAGCUAGUCAGACACAGGUUGUUUCGGGAGCAUUGUGUCUGUGUCCAAGGAAAUUACAUCAAGGAUCUCAACAUUCUCGGCAGAGAUCUGUCAAAGACCAUCAUCAUUGACAAUUCACCGCAAGCCUUUGCAUACCAGUUGUCAAAUGGAAUUCCCAUCGAGAGCUGGUUCAUGGACAGGAAUGACAACGAGCUGCUGAAGUUGGUGCCCUUCCUCGAGAAGCUGGUUGAGAUGGACGAGGAUGUGCGGCCGCAUGUUCGGGAGAGAUUUCGUCUUCAUGACAUGUUGCCUCCUGAUUGAACUCCCCUGUCUCAUCUCGGAUGGGCUUUUAGCAAGGAUGGACUGAAAACCAUGUGUGUAAAAAGCCGCUUCAAACAUUACCAUUGCUUCAUUUUGUUUUGUUUUUGUUUUCAAAACCCACUGCGUUUAAAAAAAAAACAUAUCUGUUCAGAAGAAAUUUGUUUUUAAAGAACUGGUUGAAAUUUUCUCAAUGUAUACAUGAUGUAAAGAGACACUUCAAAGUCUGAGUCGUUCCAAUUUGGGAUCGACUUUUCAGCUGUGGGGCGGACAAUGGUCUCCACACUAUUUCAAGGAUUUGGUGCUUGCUCCGUGGCUGUAAAACACACCUGUUAAGAGGAACUCUAACCUGAGGCGUUGAACCCAAACCCUUCCCUGGUGCUGAAGCUGUUGACACUCCAGCCUGUACAGCUGGCCUGCAAAUCAAUCCGCAUUUGUGUUUACUCUUUGCCACACUCACACUAACAUGGUAAUGUAGUGGUUGGCCAACUUUGUAGCGUUUCAAUCUGAUGCAUUCCGCUGUAGGUGAGUGUUUGAAAUUAGUGUCUCCGGGUGUUUUAUCUUUGAAAUGUUUUGAAAGGGCGCAUCAAAGUGUUCAGUUAACUGUUCAAAUCUAACAAUGGGAGCACAGUUUGUUCUUCAAGGCUUAAAUCCAAGUUUUUUUCUUCGCCGUGGACACAGCAUAGUUCUUUUAAAAUAGUGCGGGGAAGACAUCAUAUGUAAAUCUGGCAUAGUUUGAGGGCAUUCAUGUUUGAAGUGAUGUGUGUCAACGUUGCAGUAUUUGGUUUGUCGAUCAAUAUUGUCAUUUACUUGUAAUUUACUAGUAUUCUGUCUUAAUCACAGCCUCGCGUCUUUCCGUUAUAAAGUGUAAUUUGAUGGCUGUCACUAGCAUAAUGACAAUGUAGCGCGGCCAGUGUCUCCAGACAUCCGGUCCCAACCUCGAACCAGCCACAUCUGGCACCAGCAACAUAUUUUCUCCCUGCCGGCUUCACUGAGCACCCUCAAUGCGUGUAUGCGGAUGUUGUUUCUGCCAAAUAUUUUUGCAAGUGAGACAGAGGACAAAUGUGCAACAUUGAGGUACCUUAGACUCUGCAAUCUGUGUUUGCGCAGUCUCCUGAUAACUGGGCAGUAUUUUUGUUUUUGGUUUGUAUCAGUGUUUUUUUGUUUUUUUUUUUAACUGGCACAUGCGCCAGCGUUGCUCUGGGUUUCUUUUACCGUGCCGUGUGAUCAUUUCUCUGCUAGUAGCUUUUGUCAGAGUUUUCCCUCUUAAUGGUUCGAUAAAAAAAGACAAUCAGACCGCAGAGCGCCGCUCAUUGCUGCACUAUUGUGCACUUGCAUUAAUUUGUGUCCAGUGUGUUCGAUUUGUCAGAUGGAUCCUGCUUUCCUUGCUCUGGCCACAUAGUCCCUGCUGUUGAAAGCAGGCGGUUAUCAGAGGUGGUGGCCAAAUGUUUGGCACCUGCCCCUUCUUGCCUUUUGCAUUGUAUGUUGCUUGUGCUCCAGAAAUUAGAUUGGGCUUGUGUUUCUCGUAAAACGACGGUUGCAAGGCACAAUGAGGUUUACUUGUACCGGUGAGUGCACAUGUAGACACUGAAUGUAAAUUGUGCAUGGGAUGAAGUCGCAGGUGUCUAUCCCUAUUCAUUCUCAAUAUCUAGAACAAAUAGAUGGGAGGCAUUGGCGACUGAAGGGAUAGGAGAUGCACCUUGAGUUCCCGACCUGGCACCCAGAUUUCACACGUUUUUCUUUUUUUUUCUUGCCAACUUUUAGUAUGCAAGCCUCAUUGAGCGAUUGUGUGACGCUUCUGAGUUCUCUCAUAGCGGUUCCUGAAGGAACUGGGAGAGGCAUUUGAUGUCAUCCAGCUCCUUUUUACGUGCAUUACCAGUUUAUUGUACACUCUGUGUGGUACAAUAAUACAUGCAGCCUUGUUUUUUUUUAAUCCUUAAAAUAAGGAAACAUUUUGUAUCUUUGAUUUUAAAAAGGCAUGUAAUAUCAACUUGUAAAAUGUAUUAAUGAAGAUUAACUUCAUAUGGAUUUUUCUUUCCUCUUGAAAAUGUUUAUUUAGUUUAGAACAAUGUCACUAAACUGUUAAACUUAGCAUGUAGAGGAUACAGUUUGUUUUGUGUCAGAAGUCCUGAGUUAAAUUUGAAUCAAUGCACUUUUUCUGCUAAGAGUUAAGUCUUUCGGAAAAGUAAUUGUAUUGAUUAUAUAUACCUGUACAUACCGGUAUAUAUAAUUUCCCCCUUCCAUCACCCCUCAAUCUCAUAUCUCUUAUGCUAUUUUACUUGUAAGAAUUAUAUGUUCAGAAGAUGUAUUUUAAAAUGUUUUAAGACAUCUUUGUUAGCCGCCCGGCUAUGUACUAUUGUAAAGUGUAUAUAAAGUUACAUUGAAUUUCUGAAACAAAGUUUUAAAGUUAAACGCC